AUGGCUCAACCGGCUCAACCGGCUGAACCUGCUCAAGCCGCAGCUCACAUUGUCGUCGACGACAGUGAGCAUGAGGUUGAAGCAUUUGACGAUGACUUAGAGCAUGGGCGACGAUAUCACGCAUAUAAAGACGGGGCGUAUUGGGGACCAAACGACGAGAUCGCUCAGGAGGUCCUAGAUCUUGCACAUCAUGCAUACUUGUUGGCCAUGGGCCAGAAACUGUAUCUAGCUCCUCUCAGCAAGCCCCAGAAAGUGCUUGAUGUCGGAACUGGCACGGGCAUAUGGGCUAUCGACUUCGCAGACCAACAUCCUGAAGCCCUUGUCAUCGGCACAGACCUUUCCCCGACCCAACCAAGCUGGGUCCCCCCAAAUGUGAAAUUCCAAGUCGACGACGCAACCGACUACCCCUGGACCUUCCGCACCAACACCUUCGACUACAUCCACGUCCGCGACCUCUUCGGCUCCAUCCCAGACUGGACAGCCUUCAUGAAACAGUGCCUCACCUGCCUCAAACCCGGCGGCUACCUGGAAGUCAGCAACGCCUCCGUCUGUCUCGAGAGCGACGACGGCUCCAUCCCGGCCGACGCCAAGCACCCCCUGCGCCAGUGGGGGCGGCUGUUCCGCGAGUGCGGCGAGAUCAUGGGCAAGACCACGUCCAUCAGCGAGAACCAGCGCGACGUCAUGAUCGACGCGGGCUUCGAGGCCGUGGAGGAGACCCGCUUUAAGCUGGUGGUGGGCCCGUGGCCCAAGGACCCCGUGCUCAAGCAGCUGGGCCGCUACCGGCAGCUCGAGUGUCUGCAGGGUUGCGAGGGGUGGGCGCUGGCGUUGCUGACGCGCGUGCUGAAGUGGGAUGUCGAGGAGGUGCAGGUGCUGCUGGCGAAUUUCCGCGCGUGUGUGAAGGAUAGGAAUAUCCAUUCGUAUACGCCUGUGUCUGUGGUGGUGGGGCGGAAGCCGUUAGGCGAUGGGCAGGGGGUGUAA